AUGCUUGUUGCCACUUGGCUCCUAGCAGCCGCCUCACUUGCUUCUGCCAUCCCUAAGUGGGAUAUGGAGAACGGCUUCCUUGUUGACCUUCUAAACGAGGACAAGUUCGAGGUCGAGAAUGUAUUAAAGCUGCCUACUCGUUUCAAAGACUUGCCUCCGAUUUUGAAGAAACCCAAGAGCCACGAACGUUCGUUGAAGGAGGGAGAGAUCCCUCAGUAUGUGAUUGACUAUGCUCCUUUUGUCCACCUUUAUUCCGAAGAACGGUACUUGCCUUACGACAUCAAGCAAUACGUAGAGCAUUUCCACGCUGAAUUUAAAAAUGGCACAACUGUUCCGGGAACUGAAAAUGGUCAACUUAACAUCACAAACUUGGGCUCACUUCCGAAGAUGUCCGGAGUGUACUUGACAGCUGAUGAGGAUUUUGACGCUGACCCGGACUGGAUCACGGGCAUCAAGAACAAGCCAAAUUUAGUGAACGGAGAAAUUAAGGACGCUCCUGCUACGUUGAUCAUAGUGGACAAGGGCAACGGCUGGGUCGAUGCCUUCUGGUUUUAUUUCUACUCCUUCAACUUGGGACCGUUUGUGAUGGGGCUGGGCCCAUACGGUAACCACGUGGGAGACUGGGAGCACUCUUUGGUGAGAUUUUAUAAAGGGAAGCCUGUCAUCGUGUGGAUGUCUGCUCAUGGCGGUGGCGGGGCCUAUUACUAUAAACAUCUUGAGAAAUAUGAGCUUGACCCCAAGCACCCGAUCAUUUUCUCUGCUCGGGGCACUCAUGCAAAUUAUGUCUCUGUGGGUACUCACCCACACGAUUUACCAUACGAAAUCUUGUGUGAUUUUACCGACAGAGGUCCUUUAUGGAACCCUACUAGAAACUACUUGGGCUAUACGUACGACGGUAAGUUCGUUUAUCCAGCAGAGAACAACACCAACGCUAAGCACCGUGGAAGAGAAGUGACCUACGGUAACUGGCUCACGUUCACAGGUCACUGGGGCGAUAAGCAGCUCGAGAGUAGCGACCCAAGACAAAGUUACUCCUUCAUUGGGGGCCACAAAUAUAUCGAUGGCCCCAAAGGGCCAUUAAAGAAAAAUCUCUUGAGAAUUGUCCCAUGCGAAAGGCACAAAUGGUGGAACUUUUGGAACGGAUGCAAUGUGAGAGAGAACAUUAAGUGGGGAAUUGGUGUGGAAAGCGAAGGCUACAACUGCGGUAACGUCUUUGCCAACGUCAGGCCAAAGUGGUUAAGAAUGAUACUUCAACAAAUAACUUGGGGAGGUGGGUUUUGUUUUUUCGUGGAUUUGAUAUAUGGAUAG